AUGAAACGACUAAUUGUUGUUGUUGGAGCAACUGGCAGACAAGGUGGUAGUGUAGUAAAUGAAUUAAUUAACUCAAAUAAAUGGAUAAUACGUGGUCUUUCAAGAAAUAUUUCGUCCACAGAUAGUCAAAAAUUAAUUGAAAAAGGUGUUGAAAUGGUAUCAUGCAACAUUGAUUCAUUUGAUGAAUGUUUAGAAGCCUUCAAAGAUGCAUAUGGUGUAUUUGCCAUGACUAACUUUUGGGAAUGUGGUGCAAAUAAAGAAUAUGAACAAGGUAUGAAUAUGGUGAAUGCAGCUAAACAACAACGUGUGCAACAUUUUAUUUGGAGUAGUCUACCAAAUACAGUUACUAUUUCUAAUGGACAACUUGAUUUACCACAUUAUAUGAUGAAAGCUCGUGUUGAAUCUUAUAUUCGUGCUCAACAAAAUCCACCAUUAUUUCCCUAUACAACAUUUAUUUAUGUUGGUUUUUAUUAUCAAAAUUUUGAAACAUUUUUUCAACCUACAAUUGAUUUUGAAUUUCGUGUUUUACUACAACCAAAUGCUCGUCUUCCUCUUUAUGAUGUUCGUGAUACUGGUCCUAUUGUUGUUCAAUGUUUCGAGCAUCCUGAUCAAUGGGGACAGGGAAAUAUUAUUCCAAUUGUAGCUCAACGAUUAACAAUGGAUGAAAUAUGUCAUAUAAUACGACAUGUUACAAGAAAUGAAAAAAUUCGAUAUACACCAUUGACUUAUGAUCAAUGUGUUGGACAAAGUAAAGAAACACUUGAUAAUAUGAGAUGGUAUAAUGAGUAUGGAGAUUUUGAAGAAAGACAUCCGGAAAAAACAAAAGAAGUUUAUAAUAAAAUGAAAACAUUAGAAGAAUGGAUACAAGAAACAGGCUGGUUAAUGAACGAAAAAAACAAAUAA